AAUCAUGCAUUCUGUUCAAAUACAAAGAGGGCACACGUCACCAAAAACAUUGUACAUGUAUUCCUAAAUAUGGUGUAGUCAAGACUUCAGAAUUUUACAUGGAUUUGGAAGACAGGGACCCUUGUGAAUUGAAUUCACAUGUGAAGGUUGAAUUUGAUGAAGUCCUUGCAGAACCAGCCGGUGUGCACAGUUAUGAUUGCUGCUGGGAGCACUGUACAUAUCCCUGUUUUAACUGCAGCAAGAGCUGCAUGUACAAAUUGCUGACCACCCUUCUGUCUUGCCUCAUCGCCCCCGUCUGUGGGUGGGCGUUUGCCGUGAUCACGUUCUUCAUGGUCUGGAUGGUCGCCCCUAUGUUUCGCGGUUGCAGCAUUGUGAUGGGAUGUUGUCAGAUGUUCGUGGGGACGACUGUUAUGUGUGUGUGUGCCCCGAUGUUUGACGCCGUGGCGCUAAUUUUCUCCAGGAUCCAAGUUGGAGUGGAGUCUAUUCAGGUGUGACUACAUCACAGGGGAGAUAUUACAAACCAAUCUAUCAUGCUUCUUCUUUGUAUAAUCAUGUACUUUUGAGAAAUUAUGUAUUCUAUACGUUAAAAAAAAAUUAAAUACGCCUAUCUGAUAAA